CGGGAAGAUUUUUCUAAGACACAACUCUUCAGGCACAGCAGACAGGAUGCAGUGGGUGACCCUCCUGAUCGUGGCUGGACUCUUCACAUUCUCUCAGGCCCAGUAUGAUGAUGACCCACACUGGUGGUACCAGUACCUGCGCAGCCAGCAAUCCACCUACUAUGACCCCUACGAGCCCUACGAGCCGUACGAGCCCUAUGCCGUGGAGGAGGGCCCGGCCUACCCCUACGGCAGCCCGCCUGCCCCAGAGAGCCGGGACUGCCCCCAGGAGUGUGACUGCCCCCCGACCUUCUCUACGGCCAUGUACUGUGACAACCGCAACCUCAAGUACCUGCCCUUCGUCCCGUCCCGCAUGAAAUACGUCUAUUUCCAGAACAACCAGAUCUCCGCCAUCCAGGAGGGUGCCUUCGAUAAUGCCACAGGCUUGCUCUGGAUUGCCCUCCAUGGCAACCAGAUAACCAGUGAGAAGGUGGGCAAGAAGGUCUUCUCCAAGUUACACCACCUCGAAAGGCUCUACCUAGACCACAACAACCUGACCAAGGUGCCCGGUCCCCUACCUCGCUCUCUCCGAGAGUUCCACCUGGCCCACAACAAGAUAUCGCGGGUGCCCAACAACGCCUUUGAAGGUCUGGAGAACCUCACAGCCCUGUAUCUCCAACACAACGAGAUCCAAGAGGUGGGGACGGCCCUGCGGGGUCUCAAGUCUCUGAUUAUGGUGGACUUGAGCCACAACAACCUGCGAAAGGUACCCGACGGGCUGCCAUCGGCCCUGGAGCAGCUCUACCUGGAGUACAACAACGUCUACACGGUCCCCGAUGCGUACUUCAAGGUGUCCCCCAAGCUGCUCUACGUACGGCUGUCCCACAACAGCCUCACCAACGCCGGCCUCUCCUCCAACACGUUCAACUCCAGCAGUCUCCUCGAGCUCGACCUCUCCUACAACCAGCUGCAGAAGAUCCCACCAGUUAGCACCAACCUGGAGAACCUCUAUCUCCAAGGCAACCGGAUCAAUGAGUUCUCCAUCAGCAGCUUCUGCACCGUGGUGGAUGUCAUGAAUUUCUCCAAGCUUCAGGUGCUGCGACUGGAUGGCAACGAAAUCAAGCGCAAUGCCUUGCCCGUUGACGCGCCCCUCUGCCUCCGCCUCGCCAGUGUCAUUGAGUUCUGAGUCUGCCCCACCCCGGGGCCGCCUCUGCCUCAGGGAACUGGGUGGGGGUAGGGGGGAACCCGGCUGGAUGAUCUGGGCUGGAAAGCCCCAGCGUUUACUGUGGGGAAGGUCUCCCCAGUCCUAACCCCUCUAGCUUGAUAUGGUUUUGGCUUUUGCAGGAUUAGGCCCCAGUGGAUUCCCAAGCCCCUCCCUACAAUCUCUCUUCCUAUUGACUGCAUGUUCCUCCCCCAACUGUUCAAUCCAGUUGUGCAACCCCAAGUCCUAGGGACCAGUCAAGAGAAACAAGCCAUCCCAGAGAGAAUUCAGGCCUGGAGACUCACCAGUAGCCUGCCCUUUUCUGGAGAGGUGAGUGGCUUAGGGGCAGAACAGUCCAUCACUAAAUUCUGCUUUUUACUGCUCCCUGAAGCCCUUCCCCAAAGUGCUCUCACACAGGCUCUCACCAGCUCCCAAUAGCGUCCACUCCACAUCUCCCUCCAAGCUACUCUCUAUGGCCUGACACCAGGAUAAUUGG